AUGCCUUUAUCUUUUUAUGGAUUGUUAGAAGCAUCGCUUUUGAUACUGAACGGAAUUGCUGUGCUGAACAAAGAAAGGUUUUUGAAGAAAAUCGGUUUAUUAACACCAGCAAAUUCUUUUGAAGCCCCGUAUCAGAGCAGUGUGAAGCAGCAGUUCGUAAAUUUAAUUCUGGCAAUUCAGACGGUUAUGAGAAGUAGGUUAUUACAUCCGUUUUUCAUAAUGAGCUUUAUUAAACAUUAUUUUCCUGCAGCACUUUGGAGCUUCCACAUCAAAUCUUCCUUUUUUAUUUGUUAA